CCCGAGGCCGCUCUCAAGGUGCCCUCCCCGGCCGCCCUCUACCCCGGCGGGCGCGGCGACUUCGGCGCGGGGGGGGACUCGGAGCCCCCCGACAGCCCCCACUCGGGGAUGGCCGGCGGCUACAUCAACGGCGACGCGGCCGUGAGCGAGGGCUACGCCGUGGACGCCUUUUUCAUCACGGACGGGCGGUCGCGGCGCAAGGCGGUGGCGGGGCCGGCGGCGGCGCGGAACCUGCCCCGGCACACGUGCGGCGAGUGCGGCAAGAGCUACGCCACCUCCUCCAACCUGAGCCGCCACAAGCAGACGCACCGCAGCCUGGACAGCAAGAUGGCCAAGAAGUGUCCGACGUGCGGCAAGGUGUACGUCUCCAUGCCGGCCAUGGCCAUGCACCUGCUGACGCACGACCUGAAGCACAAGUGCCAGGUGUGCGGCAAAGCCUUCAGCCGGCCCUGGCUGCUGCAGGGCCACAUGAGGUCCCACACCGGGGAGAAGCCGUUCGGCUGCGCCCACUGCGGCAAAGCCUUCGCCGACCGCUCGAACCUGCGCGCCCACAUGCAGACCCACUCGGCCUUCAAGCACUUCAAGUGCAAGCGCUGCAGCAAGACCUUCGCCCUCAAGUCCUAUCUCAACAAGCACUACGAGUCCGCCUGCUUCAAAGGGGCCGCGGCGCCCCUCAGCCCGCUGCACCCCUGAGGGAGCCGCGCCCGACCCCUUCAUCCACC